AUACUCGCACCCUACCGCACAGGCUUGUACAUCCCAAAUCGACAGCGACCGUUACGACGAUAGUUUCUGGCACUACUUCCCGCGCGGAGGGAGCGGACGAGGGGGUGAGGCGGCGCUCGUUAUAAAAGGGAGCGCAGCGGCUGCCGGAAACCAGAAUCGCAGCCGGAAGUGAGCAUAUCGUACCGAAGUUGUCGAGCGAACGAACGAAGGAACGAACGAGUUCAAAAUGCAGAUCUUUGUGAAGACCCUUACUGGGAAGACCAUAACCCUUGAGGUGGAGCCAAGUGACACCAUUGAGAAUGUCAAGGCCAAGAUUCAAGAUAAAGAAGGUAUACCUCCUGACCAGCAGCGUCUGAUCUUUGCUGGGAAGCAGCUGGAGGAAGGCCGUACUCUAUCUGACUACAACAUUCAGAAAGAAUCUACCCUGCAUCUCGUCUUGAGACUCCGUGGUGGAAUGCAGAUCUUUGUGAAGACCCUUACGGGGAAGACCAUAACCCUUGAGGUGGAGCCAAGUGACACCAUAGAGAAUGUGAAAGCCAAGAUUCAAGAUAAAGAAGGUAUUCCUCCUGACCAGCAGCGUCUGAUCUUUGCUGGGAAACAGCUGGAAGAUGGACGAACCCUGUCUGACUACAACAUUCAGAAAGAAUCUACCCUUCACCUUGUCCUGAGACUCCGUGGUGGGAUGCAGAUCUUUGUGAAGACCCUUACGGGGAAGACCAUAACCCUGGAAGUGGAGCCAAGUGACACCAUAGAGAAUGUCAAAGCCAAGAUUCAGGACAAAGAAGGUAUACCUCCAGACCAACAACGUCUGAUCUUUGCUGGGAAACAGCUGGAGGAAGGCCGUACUCUAUCUGACUACAACAUUCAGAAGGAAUCCACUCUUCACCUUGUCUUGAGACUCCGUGGUGGGAUGCAGAUCUUUGUGAAGACGCUCACUGGUAAGACUAUAACCCUUGAGGUGGAGCCAAGUGACACUAUAGAGAAUGUCAAAGCCAAGAUUCAGGACAAGGAAGGUAUUCCUCCAGACCAGCAGCGUCUGAUCUUUGCUGGGAAACAGCUGGAAGAUGGUCGGACCCUGUCUGACUACAACAUUCAAAAGGAAUCUACCCUGCAUCUCGUCUUGAGACUCCGUGGUGGAAUGCAGAUCUUUGUGAAAACUCUUACUGGGAAGACCAUAACCCUUGAGGUGGAGCCAAGUGACACCAUAGAGAAUGUUAAGGCCAAAAUUCAGGACAAGGAAGGUAUUCCUCCAGACCAACAGCGCUUGAUCUUUGCUGGGAAGCAACUGGAGGAAGGCCGUACUCUAUCUGACUACAACAUUCAGAAGGAAUCUACCCUGCAUCUUGUUCUGAGACUCCGUGGUGGGAUGCAGAUCUUUGUGAAGACCCUUACGGGGAAGACCAUAACUCUUGAGGUGGAGCCAAGUGACACCAUAGAGAAUGUCAAAGCCAAGAUUCAGGACAAGGAAGGUAUACCUCCUGAUCAACAACGUCUGAUCUUUGCAGGAAAACAGCUGGAAGAUGGUCGGACCCUGUCUGACUACAACAUUCAGAAGGAAUCCACCCUGCAUCUUGUCUUGAGACUCCGUGGUGGAAUGCAGAUCUUUGUGAAGACUCUUACUGGGAAGACCAUAACCCUUGAGGUGGAGCCAAGUGACACCAUAGAGAAUGUUAAGGCCAAGAUUCAGGACAAAGAAGGUAUUCCUCCAGACCAGCAGCGUCUGAUCUUUGCUGGGAAGCAGCUGGAAGAUGGACGAACCCUGUCUGACUACAACAUUCAGAAGGAAUCUACCCUGCAUCUUGUUCUGCGACUCCGUGGUGGUAUGCAGAUCUUUGUGAAAACUCUUACUGGGAAGACCAUAACCCUUGAGGUGGAGCCAAGUGACACCAUAGAGAAUGUCAAGGCCAAGAUUCAGGACAAAGAAGGUAUACCUCCAGACCAACAACGUCUGAUCUUUGCAGGAAAACAGCUGGAAGAUGGACGAACCCUGUCUGACUACAACAUUCAAAAAGAAUCUACUCUUCACCUUGUCCUGAGACUCCGUGGUGGAAUGCAGAUCUUUGUGAAGACGCUCACUGGGAAGACCAUAACCCUUGAGGUGGAGCCAAGUGACACCAUAGAGAAUGUCAAAGCCAAGAUUCAGGACAAAGAAGGUAUUCCUCCAGACCAACAACGUCUGAUCUUUGCUGGGAAACAGCUGGAGGAAGGCCGUACUCUAUCUGACUACAACAUUCAAAAAGAAUCUACCCUGCACUUGGUCCUGAGACUGCGUGGUGGGCUUUAAGUUUGAUCUGGUCCUAAUCAUUUUGGACUGCACUGUAAUUUUUAAUGCAUUCUAUAUGCUUUAAUGAGCAAACUCUCCUUGAGUAUAUGAAGCAUUGUAGAUAAUAAAGAUUUUGUCGAAUAUU